AUGAAAAAUUAUGUGAUCAAAGACGUUUUCCUGGAUGAUAAGUUUGGAAAGUCUAUAGGACCAGUGUGGUUAGAACAAUUGUCAUGUACAGGAACAGAACAUGAUAUUGCAGGAUGUCUUCCAAAUUGGAAAGCCAACACAUGUAACAAUACAGUUGGUAUAUCAUGUGUGUCUACACCAGUACGCCUUGUGAAUGGUGGUGGUCCGUGGGAAGGACGUGUUGAAGUUCAACACAAUGGACAGUGGGGUACCAUUUGCGACAACAACUUUGGAGACAAAGAGGCAGCUGUGAUUUGUAAUAUGAUUGGAUUUCAACCAGGGACGUUUACUCCAGAACCAAAAAAUGCAUCCUUUUUUGGAGCAAGUGAUAAAAACAUUCUUUUGGACAAUCUAUCCUGUUAUGGUAACGAACUAGAUAUAAAUAUAUGUAGAACACAGGCAUGGAGUAAGCAUAGCUGUACCAACUAUGAAGAGGCUGGUGUUACAUGCAGAUCUCAAAAUAUUCGACUUACUGGUGGAGCUCAUACAAUGGAAGGCCGGUUAGAAAUCCAGACAAAUGGAACAUGGUCGACUAUAUGUGAUGAUAAGUUUAAUGAUGCAGACGCUACUUAUGUCUGUAAGCUGUUGUCACCGCAUCCUAUCAGUCUUCAUAUUGUGGGAAAAGUUUUCCAUAAUAGUUAUUUUGGUAAUGGACAAGGAUUGGCAACGUUUUCAAAUGUAAGUUGUGCUGGUACAGAAAUAGAUUUGCUACACUGUCACAUGAAACAGGGAGGACCUCCACAGUGUGACCACACACAGGAUGUUGGCAUAUCGUGUAUGAUUAAAUCAACAUCUUCAUUAACUGGGAAAAGUUUGACGGAAGGCACGUUCUUGACAAACAGCUUUGGCGAGCAAGGAAGUAUAUGUGAUCAGAACGUAAACACAGAAGCUGCUACGGUACUUUGUAAAAGUUUAGGCUAUUGGAGUAAUUCAGCAACUUUGUAUAAGGACUCCUGGUUUGGGCCUGGGAAUGGUACAUCUUUUAAGUUGGAACCACAGUGCACCGGAGAAGAAGAAAAUAUUUUAUAUUGUAAUUUACAUAAGCCAUGGGGAAGAGACGAAUGUCCACAUUCACACGACAUAGGUGUUAAAUGCGCACCUACUUCUAUAGGACGAACCAAUAUUAAACUUGUUGAUGGUACAACACAUGGUAUUGGUAAACUGACCCUAAAUGUGAACAACAAAUGGGGAACUAUAUGUGAUUCAUUCUGGAAUUCUAAAAAUACCGCUGUUGUUUGUCGGAUGCUUGGAUUUAGAAAUAUAAGUGGACGUUCCUUUUCGUUACCCCGGAACUCCUCUGCAGUUUUGAUUGGUAGUAUUCGAUGUAAUGGAAAUGAAACAGAUCUUGGGCAGUGUAAAGGGGACUUUGACAAAACAGUGUGCACUGACAGCGUUGUCGGAAUUGAUUGUACAGAUGGAGUUGAACUCAAACUGAGUGGAGGAAAGACGGUAGGCGAAGGUCGUGUUGAUAUCCUCGACGGUGGAGCAUGGGGUAGUCUAUGUGAUAAAAACUUUGGAUUUGCCGAGGCCAAAGUUUUAUGUUCAAUGAUGGGAUACCACAACACAUUACCGUACUUUUACCAUCUGCCUACUAUGGAACUUCACUCGGCUCCUUUUGGUAUUGACCAGAUACACUGCAAUGGAUGGGAGGAGCAUAUAUCACAAUGCACAUAUACAAAAACUGCUAAUUGUAAUCACCGGUAUGCUCAUCUCAGGUGUUUUGAUUGUAUUAAAGAAUACAGGACGUCUACAGGAAGCAUAACAUCAGCUAACUAUCCUGGACCAUACAAUGCCAAUACGGACUGUCUUUAUAUUAUAAAGCCUCCACCUGGACUUUAUUCAUUGGUUACAGAUGUAUUACAGAUGGCUGACAACGGGGAUUUUCUUGAGAUACGAAGUCAGCCAUUUGGAACAGAACUUGGUUACUAUUCGACAUCAUCGUAUAUAGCUGCCGCUGUUUCGGAUGAAUUUUGGAUUAGGUUUAAAACUAAUGGACAAGGCAAUGCUAGAGGAUUCAAACUACAUUGGUCACCUUUUUCCUUAAGAGAUGCAGUAACCGUUAAUUGUGAACCAGACAGAUGGGGUGCAGCUAUCAAUAUAACAUUACUACAAAUGGUUCAUCAACAAUUAAACUAUUCAGACAUUGUUUUAUCAAACAGACCUGACUGUUACGGUCAGAUCAUCGGAGAUUUGCUCCUGUUUGGACAGCAAUACACAGGAUGUGGGUCAACACAAAGGAUUUCAAACGGUUACAUAACAUAUGACAACAAUAUAACGUACAGUUCUACCGGUGGGCAAAAUUGGACAAUACCUUUAGAAUGUAAAAUGGUAAAGACAAGAAGAAAUGUGAAUGUUUUAUCUGAAAGUAUAAUGACAACGGAAGACUAA